AUGGAGAAAACCGUGAUUAAUGAAGAGUUGAGAAGUAAGUCUAUGCCUGAGAAGUGGAUUAGCGAAGUUAUGAAGGGUCUGAAGCAGUUCUUCUAUCAAGGAUCUCUUCACGGAGUCAAAUACAUCUUCGAGCCUUCAUUCGGCAGCAAAGAGAAAGCCACAUGGGUCAUCAUAAUGUUUAUCAGCAUCUUCAUCUGCGCCGUGGUCAUCAUCCAGCUGUUCUGCAAGUGGACCUCCACACCUUUCGUCAAUGUUAUAGACUCCAUGCCCACUCCUAUAUGGGCUGUUCCGUUUCCAACCGUGGUGAUCUGCCCUCAUCUUCAUGUGAAGAUGUCUUAUGCUAAUGUUACGGAACUUGAAGGAUUGGAAGAAUUCUUCGCUGCGAUGGUUUGUCCAAGGAUGACGAACGAGAUAAAGUAUCGGGAGACCCGUUUAGAUGACUCCCAGUUUCACAUGCUUACCGAAUUCGUUGUAAAGGGAGCCCCUACAUGCCCCGAAGUGGUGAAGGCCUGCAACUGGCCAGCAUUGCAUGACACCAAAUGGGAGAUGGACAAGUGCUGCGAGCUGUUCCAGCCGAUAUACACCAACUAUGGCCUUUGCUUCGCGUUUAACAGCCUACCCCUCAAUGCUAUGAACAACGACACACUAGCUUGGCAUAGAACCUUUGACGAGAAUGCCGAGGCAGUGGAGUUGCAAUGGGGUCUGGACAUCGGGUACCCGAAGGUGUUCCCUCCAGACCUGACGAUGAAACCACUGAGGGUCAUGGCGUCUGGAGAAGCCAAUGGCUUGGGAGUUGAGCUCUUUCUUAAUAAUUCUGAACAUCAGUACGCUUGUGAAGGGAAAAGCUUGGGAUUUACAAUCCUGAUCAGUUCUCCAACCGACCAUGUCUACACGAGUACAGUCCUCCGCCUCCCAAUGGACAGGAUGACCACCAUCGAAGUCACCCCUCUUACUUACAAGACCGACUUCUCUCUCCGCUCUCUCGCCCCUUACAGAAGGCAGUGCUUCUUCCAGAGCGAGAAGAGUUUGCAGUAUUAUGAGUUCUAUACAGAUAGCAACUGCAAGCAUGAUCUGUUGGUGCAGGAGGCGAGGAAGAAGUGUGAUUGUGUGCUUUUUAACUGGCCUAGGAAAUUCAUCUGGGAGCCUGUCUGUACUACGAAGGAUGACUACAAUUGCAUUAGCAGCGUUGAAGCAAAAGUAGAAGAACAGCUAAUCUACGCGUACUACGCAGAGAGCGAAGACGAGCGCGGUACUCAGCAAGAGUCCAAGUCUUGUCACCCAUCGUGCAAUGACGUCAUCUACGCCAGUCAGGUGUUCUACUCCGAUCUGACGAAAGACAUGGAGACCAGCUCGCAUAAGUGGAGUCAGUUGAGGCUCGGAGAAGUAACGCAGAUCAACGUCCACUUCUACGACGAUAUGUUCCUCGGCCAGCAUCGUCAUGCGCAAUAUGACGAUUAUUAUUUCAUUGGUGCAAUCGGUGGUCUUCUCAGCUUGUUUCUGGGCUUCAGCAUCAUCAGCGUGGCAGAACUAAUCUACUUUGUAUUGCUCAAACCUGUUUAUGUUAUUUUUAGGGAGUUAAAUCAAAAUUAG